UUACUAGUCUCUUUCUCUUUUCAUCUCUCUGCUCUAAACUGACACCCACCAACACCCCCUACCCCACCCCCACCCCCCACCCUCACCUAAGAUACGUACAUUAUGUUACAUCUUUACAUAUAAAAAGAAGAAAAGGAAAACCACCUAAUUCCCAGCACCGCACUCUUCAGUUUCUUUGUUGUUUUACUUUUUUUUUUCUUUAGUAGUUUCGUUUGUUUGAGGGCACUUUGAUCGGUUCUGUUCUUCCCCUCUCGUCGUCAAUGGGAUUUUUCUGAGCUUUUGUGGGUGUGUUUCUUUCUUUUCAGAGGUGAACGGCGACGUUUGGUGUGGAAUGCCGACUGUGGAGGCUGCCGACGUUGACAUGGAAGGAAAUGGGGGUGGUGGUGGGGCUGGGAAUCCCCACUACCGUCGACGCCGCCGUCGGCGGCGUCGACGCAGGCCGUCCUUGGCGGCGAGUAGUGAGACGACCACCGACGGGAGCUUCCGCUUCUCCGAUUCGGACUCGGAUCAGUCUUGGGUAUCGGCUGCUGGUGGGCCCUACGAGGAAUGCCGGUGCUCGGAGCGGCUCAGGCACAGCCGUAGGAAGUCUUGCUCGGUGUCGGGGGGCCUGUCGGACGACGAGAUUGAUUUGGAGAGCGGCGAAUUGGAGCUCAAAGUGCACAAGGAGGAGAGGGAUUGCAGAAUUUGCCAUUUGAGCUUGUCGGGAAGUGGCGGCAUUGGCGGCGGCGUUGACGGCGACGGCGACGGCGAACUCGAGCCCUCCGGCGGCGCUAUCGAAUUGGGAUGUUCUUGUAGAGGCGAUUUGGGGACUGCCCACAAACAGUGCGCAGAAACUUGGUUCAAAAUCAAAGGAAACACAACUUGCGAAAUCUGCGGGGCAACAGCGGUCAAUAUUGCUGGAGAGCAGGCGAUCGAAGAAAUCGAUACUAGUGGAGUAGCUUCAGCAGCACCGGUGGUGGUGUCUGAGAACCAAAACUUUUGGCGUGGUCGUCGUGUCAUGAACUUCCUACUUGCCUGUAUGGUUUUUGCCUUUGUCAUCUCGUGGCUCUUUCAUUUCAAUAUUCUCCCGUGAAGGCACCCACCCGGGCAGUACUCUCAAGGUUUGAGACAGAAUCCCGAGCCCUUUUUAAUCUAUUCUGCAGAGGCUUAUUUGGAUAUACAGUAGGGGGAUAUCAUCUUUAAGAAGUUCUAAACAUUUACUAGUUCAGCCCUUUUGGAUGAUUAGUUUGUACAUAAAACCCUUCUGGAAGAGUGAAUUGUUAUUAUUCCUUGCGUGUAAAUUAAUACUCCUUUUGCAGUCUAUCAGUGCAUAAAAGUAAA